UCCCUGUGUUGUGGAGCCAUGGUAACAUACUGUUGGUGGAUACAGUGAAGAGACAGUUAACAGUGAACAAAGAUGGAUACACAAAACCAGCAGCAAACUUCAGAUGAACUUCAGGAGCGACUUCAGGCUUUGACAGAAGAAAAUAUUCAGCUGCGGGACAAAAAUGAACGCCUCUUCACUAAAGUGGGCUACCUAGAGAGCAGACUGGGCUACCUGGCCAACUCUAAUACAGACCUGUCCAGCAGGCUGGUACAGAGUGAGGAGGACAAACUGAAGAUCUCUAAGGAGCUUGUUGAGGAGAAACUUCAGACAAACAAGAUAAGAGAGAAGUUUGAGGAAGAGACAUUUCAACUGAAAAACCAGAUAUUGGACCAGGCUGGUGUGAUUACAGAGCUUGAGAUGGAGCGAGACAAGUUGCUCAGGGAACUCCACGCAGCUGAGGCUCGUCUGAGAGCUGGAGAAGAGAGUGGCAAAGACCUGACUGAGGUGCAUGCUGCACUGAAGAAGAACUACCUGGCUCUGUCUGAGGCCCAUCAUAAAGAGCUCGCUCAGAGUGAAGAGCUGAGUGCUGAGCUGCUGGCCCUGGCCCGGGCCCAGGACGCCCUCCGCAGGCAGCUGGAGGAACAGCAGCAGAGUGUUAAGACCGCCACCCAGGGCCUGCAUGGAGAACUGGACAGGGUGCGGACAUUGAUCAGCCGCAUGUCACAUAACAGAGUCAAGCUUGAGGAUCUGGCAACUCUGAAUAUGGAGCAGAAAAUGAUGGAAAAAACUCUGCUUGGAAACCAAGACGAGAUCAAAGACAUGCUGGAAGAAAUGAAGAAGAGCUACGAGGAGCAGCAGAAGAAACUGGAGGAGAAAGUGGUAGCAAUGGGUAAAGAGCAGCAGGAGAACAAGAGAGCGAUCCGUAACAGCCAGCACAAACUGUCCGAGCAGAGCGCGGCCCUGAUGCUCUCUCACAGCCAAGUGAAGGAGGUAGAGGAAGAGAACUCACAGCUGCAGCUACAAGUCAAAGAGCUGAACGAGGAAUACCGUGCGAGGCUUGUGUGCUAUUUACAGGACUUAGCUGAAUACAUUGAUGUCCUUGGAGAAGGAAAACACCGUGCAGAGCCUGUUAAGAUGAGGGCCUUUGUAGACAGCAUGCUGCAGGAUGUCCGUUCAUCUCACAGAGUCAGGGAGGAACAGCUCGCCUCUGCUGCCCGCUCCUACAAGAAAAGACUGCAGAAGAUAACAAAAACCCAUCAUGCUCUCUUUAUUGCAUACAGCAUUCAGAGGGAGAGGAUCAUGUUCAAACCCGAGAGCGGUCUUGACCCUGGACCCCCAGAAGCCCACUUCAGUCUGGGGCCCGCUGAGCUCAGAGAUGAAACAGAGAAGGAGCUUCAGCAGCUCAGUGAGGACAAGGCGAGGCAGCAGGCGCCCCAGGAGCAGGUAGAGCAAAAAGAAUAAGGUUCCUGCUUUGAAGUGGAUUGAUCUGCUUUUGUUUCGUCUGUUCAUUGUUUUGUUUUUGGUCUGCAGGGAUUCUCCCAUUGUGUCCAUGUUUUCAUUAUAAAAUCACACAGGGAUUGUUUGGGAGUAAUGAACUGGAAAAAAAAAAAAGACUUCAAAAAGUAUGUCCCGCUGCAGAUCAGACUGUAGAGAACUGGGUGUUAGACAUGAAGAUUUUCGUCAUUUUUUUUCAUCUCAAACCAGCAAAAAGUUAAAGUUUGUGACUUCCUGUGAAAGAAGUUUUCCUUUUUUGUCAUUUCUGAAAUAUAACACUUGCUCAUUACUUGCUUUAGUGGUGCUUGUGUUUCUUUCAGACAGUAACAGGUUGCCUGUUUUUCUGUUUCGAGUCAAUAUGCAGAGCUAUAAUAUCUGUCUCUUAACUGCUAAAUGCUAAAAAGCUUCAAAUGUAUCUCACAAACAUGAGAGAGACGUUCUUCUUCUCAUCGAAGCCUUUGCAAAUGCUGAUAAGCUAAAACUAUGAUAAUGAA